CUGCGUUUGAGUUUCAAUUUAUCUAGACUCCGCACUAUUAGUGUCUGCGCGGGAAUUAUCCGGGCACUCGACAAUAUGAAACGAUUGGAAGAGGCUGUUGCUGUUCCCUUACGCGCUGGAGUCACGAUUCCAUCGUUAGCUCAGUGUGUUGAAGAACUCGUGUUGAAUAGCAUUGACGCUCACGCUAGGUCGUUGACCAUUCGUGUCAGCGUUGAAAAAGGAUUCAUUGAAAUUGCGGAUGACGGUGAUGGCAUUCCUGCUACCAGCUUUGAGUGCUUGGGAGAGCCAUACAAUUCGAGCAAGGGCACAUCCUUGGAAGACUUAACGGUUGCCGCGACGUACGGAUUUAGAGGCGAAGCUUUGCUGGCUAUACGGAUGCUGUCCGAGUGUCUGGAAAUUCGGUCAAGACACACGACCUCAGGAUUCACCUCCGUGAAAACUUUCAACAGGGGAGUCGCGUUGCCCGUACGUCGCACGACCGAAUUCUCUAGCCGUGGUACAACAGUUACCGUGAGGAAACUUUUCUAUAAUUUCCCUGUGAGACAUGCGUCUCUUUUGUCACCCAGUAAUGUAAGUCACGUGUGCCACACGGUAAAGGCGGUCCUACUUGUCCACCCACGCGUUUCCGUUGUGCUAAAGGACAACCGCGGGGACGUCUUGGUUACGUCGGCAAGGGCUGCGUCGUCUGUUGAGUUGUUUUCCUGCUUUUUUGAUCGAGAGAAGGCGAGGAAACUUCGAGCUGUGUGUCACUUCUGUGGUGUUUACAAACUGUCCGGAUGGAUAUGCCGAGAUGGACACACCAAUCAGUCUUUUCAGUUUGUCUAUGUUAAUCACAAACUUGUGCAGGACGACGGUAUCAAAGAGUUGCUAGAUGUGCUCUUUCAAAACAGUGUUAUAACACAGAGAAUGUAUGAUGGACACAGUAUGAGUACACAGCCACUACACUCUGUCUACAUAUUGAACCUGUUGUGUCCUAACGACGAAUGUAUCUUUACAAUUGAACCCGGAAAACGGCUGGUCGAAUUUUUCGACUAUGCUUGUGUUCUGUAUGCUUUUAGGUCACUGGUGUCCUCAUUUCUGGCUAGAGAAUGUCUCUAUCGACAUAUCGUUGUUCCAACCACAGUAGUACCGUGGAACACCAAACAUCAAGUAACGACUGUUAGAUCUAGGCAGUCGACGGUGACCUUUCCACCUAGACCAGAACUAGGAGCGGCAGUUGCCGCUUAUACCUCUCUUGUAACUUCGCAGAAAGUGAUGAGGCAGAUACAGAAACGUAUCAGUAUGUCUACUGUCAAUUCAAAUCCAUCUAUAGAAGAAUGCAAUGCGCUCGUGCGGUGUCAUCUCGUGGAAUCGACUACUGAUCUUGCUUGCCCUGUGGCAACAAGGAGACCUUUAGUUGGUAAGGUUUUUCAUGUGCUGUCGUUUAUUCGAUUUAGAUGGCUGUACGUUCACAUCAAGUUAUGGAAGACGAUCACACUGUAUCGCAGCAGUAUCAAUCUAGUGGAGGGCAGCAGAAGGCUACAACGGAUCUUACCGGUACGGCAGCAAAGAGACCUUUAUUGUGAAAUGUGUAGUAGCGUGACUGAUAAUUGGGAGGCAACAAAGCUCUCGUCACUGACCAUCAGUUCUCAUCUGACCAAGUCAUUUAGAUUUAGUAAGGAUAUGCUUACAAAAGCUAAGGUGAUUGGUCAGGUAAAUGGCGAGUUCAUUGCCUGUGUUGUCACAUCAGGCAAGGCAAAGGCUCAGAAGCAAGAAGAGUUGUCUCUUGUUUUGGUUGACCAGCAUGCUGCUCACGAGCGAGUGAGACUGGAAGAGCUCGAAGAUGAACUAACGAGCAAAGGCAGAUUGUCUAGUGAUCCUAUACAUCCUCCAGUUAUUAUUCCACUUCCUGACCUCAGCCGUCGACUUUCAGCUCGUGGCAUUUAUAACAAACUAGAGAGAUGGGGAAUAGUUGGCAGGAUAUCAGCAAAUAAUGGGAGACAAGAGAUGUCAAUAGUUAAAGCACCCACAAUCCUUAUGAAAAGUGGCUCAUCGGAAGUCUCCUCUGUUGAGACACUAAAGAAUCUCAUUGCUGAGUUGAUUUCUAAUCAACAAUGGUCUUCACCGGGCACUGGAUGGCCUAUCAGUUUAGCAGAGGUCUUACAUUCCAAAGCAUGUCACGGUGCAAUUCGCUUUGGAGACAACUUGACGAAAUGCCAGUGCAUACAGUUGGUCAAGAAACUAGCAAAGUGCCGGCUUGCGUUUCAGUGUGCUCAUGGGCGACCGACAGUGCAACCACUUGGAAAUAUUGAUGUACUAGAAAAACAAGAAUAGGAAUGUGUAUUGUUUUGAUUGGAAGGAUUUGAUGAGGAGCAGGCGUAAACUUGUACUACAGCAGUAACAGUAUUUGCAGAAUUAUAGAGAAACAAAUUGCCAUUAUUUACUUUUAUUACAAUAAGCUCAUGUGGCAAGACAUUUCAGGCAAUGAACAGCCCAGACUUCUAAUUCUAAGUUCAGUUGUUGCAAGGUCUGGCCGCGAGG